CGGACGGGAAGGGGUGUGGACUUGAUCCGGACUGUAUGUAUAUAUAAAGGGGUCAGUUCCACCCACACAAUUUUUGACAGUCCAUCUCAGCCAUACAAAUCAAGGGCUGAGAUUAAAGUAUUAAACUCCUUAUAUGGGCACACAACCUCACCUAAUCUCUCUCCCUACAAUCUUUCACGACAUACCCCCUCCAUCCAGGACUCGGAUCCCUACAUCUCCGGCGAGGGUCUUCAUCGGCAACCCCAUCUCCAGCGAGCAACCCAGUACACACACACACACACACACACACUCUCUCUCUCUCGUCAUCUGGGUCUUGUGAGAUCUACGAAAGAUGGAGGAUUUUCGGAAAGGGUGGUAUGUUUUUUUGUUGUUUGUGACAAUACAAUCGACGCAUUUAAGCAAAUUGUGAAGACUUACUUAUCGGAAAAAAAUUGUGAAGAAUUUGACUUGAGAAAGACUGACUGAAUUUCAGUGUGGGUGUAAUUACUCCUUUUUCAAUCACACCCACUUAGCUCGCAUCUCUCUCUGUCUGAUUUGGCAUCGUCAUAGCCGUCGUUCACUGUUGUCUGAUCUGUAAUCGUCACACCCAUGUAGAAACCAUGAUUUUUUGUGUUUUGAAUAGUCAUUUUGGUUAGGCUGUUGGGGUGUUCAUUUAUUUUUCGGCCCCCUUUUUUUUCCUUUAAAAAAUUAGGGUCGCUGGAGCUGAGGUCGCCAGAGAUUAAGUGGCCGGAGAGGGGGGGGGUUAGCUGGUAGGUCGUGAUGGUAGGGAAAGAGAGAUUUGGUGAGGUUGUGUAUGUGUGCCCAUUUAAGGGGUUUAAUCUCAGCCCUUGAUUUGUAUGGCUGAACUGGAGUGUCAAAAAUUGUGUGGGUGGAACCGGUAAAUAAAAAAACAAUUGAAUAUACACGUGGCGUGUCCCCCGCUGUGUCCGUAUCCCCAUUUUUUUAGAAUUCCUGUGUCCUUGUGUCCGUGUCCGUGUCUGUGCAUCAUAGGUGGCAGACAUUAGAAGCUUCACUAAUAAAUCAGAAAAGAAAUUUGGUGACACAAUGAAGCAAAACCUUGUUCAGAUAGUUGCUUGUAACAUAGUGAACCGCUAAAACUUCUGAUACAAGAAUGCAUAUUAAACUCAACUGCCUUUGGUGGGCCACAAGAUUGCUGCAACCCUAUUAUAAUUGAAACAAGGUUAGAAUGGCUGACAUGAUUUCCUUAGCGACCAUGUGAUAGGCUUUACAUUCCCUAAGUUAUGAUACUGUGAGCAUUCUCUCCUCAGUCCUCAUUCUAUCCAAGAAAUUAUUAGUGUUGGAAAAUGAUAUUAGCUUUAUGUAUCCAGUAUCUAGUACAUAAAUUAUGUCUUUCUCUCUCUAAAAUGAGAGUUUCUCUCUCUAGAAUAGAGAUUCCCCCCAAGGUUGGAAUUUUUCUCUUUUCUUUGGGAUUUUCAGACUACGGAUAACUCCGUUUUGGCUUUUCUAUUUUUCAUUUCUUCGUCUAUCUUAGUCUUUUCCUCCUCCUUUCUUUAACCCCAGAUCUAUUGUCUCCCUCACCACUUUAAUCCCAUUUCCUUUCCCUUUUCCCUUUUCGUCUCUUCCUCUUUUUCCUUUCUUCUUCCUCUUUCUACUCUCUGUUUUUCGGCUUAACCCACGCUUAUGGCUGAGCCGGAUAUCAUAGAUUUAGAUGCGAGUUUUGAUGAUUCUUCCCACCGAUCUAGACUUACUCUGGUGGGUAAGAUAAUUUCUAGUAAAAUUCUCAACAAGAAAGGGGUCUCUAAUGUGAUUACAAAGGCCUGGCGCACCAGAGAAGAGGUCUCUGUUUCUGCUUGGUGGAAUAACACGUAUGCUUUCUGUUUCAAGUCUGAAGAUGACCUCUGCAAGAUUAUCAGCUUGGGGCCUUGGUCAGUGAUGGGGUGUUUGAUGGUGCUUCGAAAAUGGGACGGACACAAAACGCUGGAAGAAAUAGACUUCUCUUGUAGUCCCUUUUGGGUCCAGAUUCAAGGGCUUCCUCUCGGUUUUUUGAACACCCGAAGCGGAAUGAGGAUAGCGGAGACGCUGGGAGAUGUUAUUGCAGUGGAAGACCCAGAUGGACGUGGAAAGCUGAACAAGUUUCUGCGGGUUCGAGUUUGGAUAGAUGUGACGAAACCCUUGAAGGAGGGUUUCUUUUUGAAGAGGGUUAAUGAAGAUCUCUGGGUCAAGUUCAGGUAUGAAAGGCUGUCGGACUAUUGUUAUGGAUGUGGAAGGAUUGGACACACGCAGAAUGAUUGUUUGGAUUCGAAUGAUUCGUGGAAGCAACAAAAAGGGGGUGCUGAGGAACUCAGGGCGGAGAUUUCUUGGUUGGAUACCGUUCAGUAUGGGGAUAAACAUCUUGAAAAAUUGGUUUACCCUAGAGAUUGCAAGAGAAACCCUACCAUGGAGGGAGACGAAGGGGGACUCUGUGAUUGUGGCGCGUGUCAAUUCCAAACGGAGGCGUGUAGGGAUGAGGCGAGGGGAAAUUUUCUCCGUACAAAGGAGGUGGUGCACGAGAAUAUGGGUAAUAAGGUCGUACAAUCUAAUUCGGGACAGGUGUCGCACCCUGAGGAUGUUUUACCUAGGCCAGGGAUAAAGAUGACUGCUAGCCUGUCGCAUGAAGGGGCGCAGUGGAAAUGCCAAAGUGUGGAGAACACGAGUCGAGUCUCUGGGCUUGGUCCUGGGCCUAUUUCAACCAAUUCUCAAUACUUUGUAGAGGAACCGGACAGCCCAAGAGGUGGGCCACUCAUGAUACAAGGUUUGGGCUUUGGAAAUCUGCUAGGCCAGUCUCCAAUUAAAGAGGUGGGCCAUUUCCAAUCAGAGGUGGGCCUCUCUAAUAUCUUUAACCGUCUCCUUAACCUAAAGCAAAAGAACCCAGAUGAUUCCGAGGAGGAAGAGAGUCAGAGGAAGAAGGCUCUGCUUAUCAGUUGGGAGGAUCAGAAUGCUUAUAAGGGAGGGUCAAUCUCUCCGGACCAAUUAAUUCCUAGUCAGAACUCUGUGUCCAAAAGGGGAAAAAUCAACCCUAGGAGUGGCUCAAACAGAGGGGGUAGAGGGAGCAGGGGGCGCCCCAGGAAGAAUCCAUGCAUGUUAUCAAACCUCUCUGACCAAGAUUUGAUUGAGGUACAAGUCGAGCACUCUUCUCAGUUUUCUCUUACUUCGGUCAAUAAUAGCCGGUUGAUCGAUGACUUGUUAUCUGAGGUGGACUCUAAUGUGGGAGCUGAACCUAGGGCACCGGUGGCUGGCCCUAAACAGCCACGGACCCAAUGGUGAUGCUCAGCUGGAAUGUUCAGGGGUUGGGGCGACCGCUGACAUUCCAGAUCUUACAAGGGCUGUGCACAACCCAUCGUCCCCUAGUGGUAUUCCUCAUGGAGACUAAAAAUAAGAGGAAUACACUAGAACAAAUAAGAAGGAGGCUCCAUUUUCCUUGUAGUAGUUAUGUUGACCCAAUAGGUCUUUCAGGUGGUUUAGCUUUAUGGUGGAAAGAAGAGGUGGAUAUUGAGGUUCGUUUUAAGUCUAAGAAUAUUAUGAGAUGUUUGGUUACUUGGCCAUCUAACCCUACUAAAUGGCUGUGUACUUUUAUUUAUGCCCCUCCUUGGCAGCAGAGAUCAGAUUUUUGGCGUUUUCUUAAAACCAUUCGCCAAGAAACUGACCUCCCCUGGCUUUGUGUGGGGGACUUCAAUGAUAUUGGUUCCUUAUGGGAAAAGCAGGGAGGAAUCACUUGCAAUAGAGCCAGGAUUGAGCAAUUUCAACAGUUGCUCUCUGAAUGCGAGCUUAUGGACUUGGAGUUUAAGGGUCCAGCUUAUACAUGGUCUAAUAAUCAGAGUGGAAUGAACAAUAUCAGGGAAAGAUUGGAUAGGGCUGUGGCAUCAGUAGAAUGGAGAAACUUAUUUCCCCUAGCACAGGUUUUCCAUGAGAUUCAGGUGGGCUCAGAUCAUUGUCCUCUUAUAAUCAACUGUUGUCUGCCUUUGAAGAGAGUCCCUUACCAAUUCAAGUUUGAAACUAUGUGGAAUACGAGUACUGAAUGUAGAGAAGUGACUCAAGAGGCUUGGGGUAUUGAUCAGAGGGGGUCAGAUUUGUUUAAAUGGGCUCAAAAAUUAAGGAAGUGUAAGGACAUGCUGAAGGUUUGGAGUAAAAAGAAGUUUGGUAACAAUAAAGACAGAAUCAGGGAUCUCAAAGCUCAGCUUAGCACCAUCCAGAAUAACCCCUUUUCGAAUGAAAGAUUUACACAGGAGCAGGAGAUUAAGAAGGAGUUGGAGCUCACUCUCUUGAGGGAAGAAAUGUACCAGCAUCAAAGAUCACGUUUAAAUUGGAUAAAGUAUGGGGAUAAAAACACAGCUUUCUUCCACGCUGUGGUGACUCAAAGGAGACAAAGGAACCAGGUCUUGCAGAUAAAAGAUGGGAAUGGAUCGUGGAUUAAGGAGGAGAGUGGAAUUAACAUGCAUCUCUAUAAUUUCUUCUCUGUCUUCAGGACCAAGAGAUUUCUCCUCAACUCUAGUCAAGGUUGACUGUUCGGUUACCAGUGAGAUGAACAGGGAUCUGACUAAAGAGAUUACAGAUGUGGAAAUCAAAGAGGCAGUCUUCCAUCUGGGAUCACUUAAAGCCCCAGGUCCUGAUGGUUUCCCUGGCUAUUUUUACCAUCAAUUUUGGGAUAUUGUUGGUGAGGGUCUGUGCAGGGCUGUCAGGAGAUUUUUUGCUGAAGGUUUCCUCCUCAAAGAAUUCAAUUCAACUAAUCUAGUGAUUAUUCCAAAGGUACAGUCCCCCGAGACUCUUUCUCAAUACAGGCCCAUCAGUCUAUGCAAUUUUUCUCUUAAAGUAUUCACUAAGGUUAUGGCAAAUCGUCUCAAGAAGAUUUUGAACACCAUCAUUUCCCCUAAUCAGUCAGCUUUUGUCCCUGGAAGAAUGAUCCAAGACAGUAUUAUUAUAGCCCAAGAGGUGUUCCAUUUCCUCCAACGCAAAUGUAAAGGAAGCGAGGGUUUUAUGGCCAUCAAGCUGGACUUUAAUAAGGCUUAUGAUCGAGUGGAAUGGGAUUUCUUGAAUGCUUUGCUCCUGAAAAUGGGUUUCUGUUCUAGAUGGGUUAAUUGGGUCAUGGAAUGCUUAACAUCAGUCAAGUUCUCAGUCUGUGCAAAUGGAGAAACUAGGGCCAGAGUUAUUCCUGAACGUGGCCUGCGCCAAGGAGAUCCCCUUUCCCCUUACAUAUUUUUGUUGGUGAAGGAGGUUCUUUCCAAACUCAUCGCUAAGGAAGUGUGUGAAGGUGCCUUAUCUGGUCUUAAAAUCAAUCGUCAUUGUCCAAAGCUCUCCCAUAUUUUCUUUGCGGAUGACGCUCUCCUCUUUGCCAAAGCAGAGCUGGAGGAAUGCAGGAGGAUCAAGGUGAUUUUGGACAAGUAUGGGGCUGCUUCAGGCCAGUCUAUUAAUUUUGAGAAGUCGGCAGUUGCUUUUUCUUCAAACAUGAAUGCAGUGGAUAAACAGACAAUAUCAGAUUUCUUGAACAUCCCCAUUAUGAAAGGUGACUCGAAAUAUUUGGGGCUACCCUCCUUUUGGGGCCAAUCAAAGGCAGAGGCUUAUAUUUUCUUGGUGGAGAAAUCUUUGAAUAAGAUGCAAGGGU